UCGAAUGGUUGCCAGGCGAUCCGCCAUAUUGGAAAUAAACUUUCUUGAAUUUUUUGUUUUGAUUGAACUUUCACGUUUUUAGUCAAAUUUGACAGUAAAUCAUGGGACAAGACUACUACAACAUACUUGAUCUUAAAAGGAGUGCUAAAGAUGCUGAUAUAAAAAAGGCGUUUCGAAAACUUUCCCUCAAGCACCAUCCCGAAAAGAAUCCAAGUGAUCAGAUAGCACAUGAAAAAUUUAGGCAGGUUGCAGAAGCUUACGAUGUUCUUUCAGAUCCUCGAAAGCGUGCUACAUACGAUCAGUUUGGUGAAGAGGGGUUGAAAAAUGGUGUGCCAGAGGGCAGUGGAGAAUCAGGAGCCUGGACUGGUGGCUACACAUUCCACGGAAAUGCUGACAAAGUCUUCAGAGAUUUCUUUGGAGGAGACAAUCCAUUCCAAGAAUUCUUUGACAAUGUGGAUGGUGACCUGAGUAUGGGAUUCGGUGGUUUACAUGGGAGAGGACGCAAGAAGCAAGAUCCUGCUAUAGAAAGAGACCUUUACCUUUCACUAGAAGAAAUAUUCCAUGGCUGUGUGAAAAAGAUGAAAAUUUCACGUAGGGUUAUGAAUGAAGAUGGCCACACAUCCAGUAUCAGAGACAAGAUUCUAACAAUAACAGUGAAGAGAGGCUGGAAGCCAGGCACCAAGAUCACAUUCCCACAAGAAGGAGAUCAGGGACCAAACAAUGUACCAGCUGAUAUUGUCUUCAUUGUAAAAGAUAAACCACACAAUAGAUUUCGUAGGGAGGGGGUGGACCUGGUCUACACAGCCAAUAUUCCACUAGGGAAGGCACUCACUAAUACAGUCAUUGAAGUGAACACAUUAGAUGAUAGAGUCCUGCAUGUCCCUAUAAAUGAUAUUGUAAAUCCCAAGUACACAAAAUCUGUUCCCAAAGAGGGUAUGCCAUAUUCAAAUGAUCCUGAGACGAAAGGAGAUCUGAUCAUUACAUUUGACAUUGAAUUCCCUACACAACUUUCUCCUGAUCAAAAGGAACUGAUUCGCAAAGCCAUUCAUUAAUUAGAUUCAUUGCAUAUGGACACUACUCUAACGUGGCCUCGAGUGAACACCUGGAAAUGUGAACUCAUUUGAGAAUGAGUAUCAGGACAACUUACUCAAAGGGAAUUAAAAUCAUUUACAAAGCUACAAUAUACUAGCACUACCUCAAAAUGAAAAAAAAAUCAUAAAAGUAGAAUUAAAAAGGUCAUUGUCGAAUUCCCACAGAAGAAUAAAAAAGUGGGUUUCUGAAAUAAUAAGAUAAGCUCAAAUAGAUGUCACUGGGAAUGUGCCUGAUUUCCUCAAAUUUUUCACAUAUUUCUGCGGCUACAUGUCAAGUAUUCCAGAUAGAAAACGUUGUAUAUAGCAUGUUAUGUAUAUAUAUGAAAAAAUAAUAAAAUUGUACAUAUUAUAAAUAAAAAUAAA